AUGGAGUACCCCAACCCAAACAGUCCCGCCGCGCGCACCGCACGCCUCAACGCCCUCCGCGAGGCUCGCGACCAAACACAGGACAUCGUAAUCGCCGCACGCGAAGCCCGGAACCAGAUCCGCCUACGCCUAGAGCGUGUCGGGUACCACCUCGGGCACGGCCGUGCCUUCCACGGCGUCAUAACGCCGGAGAUGCGGGUCAUGAUCACCAAUGCCGCCGUGCAGCGGCAGCGGUAUCGGCAGAACAAGGCGGCACUAACGCGACAGAACGAGGCGCUCGAGAAGGCGGAGGAAAACGAGGCGUACUUGGCCGCUGAGGAGAAGAUUGAGGAGGAGAGACAGCGGUUUGGCAGGGAGGAGGAGAUGCGCAUGAGGCUGUGGAAGAAGGUGACGAAGAAGAGUUGGGCGCAGAGGAAGGAGGAGAGGGUGGCGAAGAGGAUUGUGGAGUUGGAGGCGGAGAUAGGGAGGAAGCAGGUGAAGUUUCGGGAGCGGGUGGUGAGAGACAUAGCGGAGAGGGAGGCGGAGAUAGCGGAGAGUCUUGAGAGAGAGAGAAAGAAGGGCAAGAGGGUUGAGAGGGGAGGAGAGGAGAGGGAAGGAAUAGAGAAGGAGAUGGAGGAAGAGGAAAAGGAGAUGGAGGAAAUGAUGGCAAGAAGGAUGAGGGAGGAAGCGGGAAUGAUGGCAGGAGAUAUGAUGGAGAGAGAGGAGAGUUUGGUGGAGAAGAUGACGAGGAUGGAGGAGUGGGACGCCGAGCGGGUGGCGGAGGUGGCGCAGGCGGGCAGGGAAAUAAAGAAGGCAAAGAAGGCAGCAGAGGGAAAAGAGAGGCAGGAAGAUUGA